AUGAUAUGGCUGCUGACCGAUUUUGAGCCAGAUGCCUUUCCUCGCGGCGUUUUGUCACCACAUGGCGAGUGUUUCGGCGAAUUUCGUUCCGGCUAUCAGCGAAUCUCGAGCUUGGUCGACCAGAAGCCGCGGCUGGCUGCGAUGCAGCCACUAACACGAUGUUUGGAAGCUUGCCGUAUAAAUGUGUCGCCACUGUCCCGAGACCAUUUCCCGUGUCAGGGCAUCAACAUCAUUAGUGGGCGGAUCCCGAUGUGCGAAUUUUUUCCGGUGGAAAAGAAUGAAAAAGGCUUUAAGGAACGGCAUUGGCGCAAAAGCGAUUUUUCCUACUACUACGAGAAAAUGUGUUUCAAGCUGCCGGACGUCUGCGAGGGGAGGGCUUUUAUUUUCGACGUCAGAAGGGAUUUUCGAUUGAAGGCUAUCGCUAUUGAGCUUUCGGAUGUGCGCACUGUUGGCGAAUGCCGACAGCGGUGUCUCGAUGAAUCCUGCCCAGCUGCAACUUUUGAAUCGAGCACCAAAACCUGUCGCUUCUACAAUCAAACUCGGCAAGAAUCCGAAGGGGAAGAAGCACCGGGCGUGGACUACUAUGAAAACGCGUGCCGACCUGAACGUCGCCGAUGCGAAAACGGAAGGGUCGACUUUAUCAUGGCUCAACACGCCGAUGUCGCGUCGUUUGGGAUCCAGGCCGGUACACGUUCCGUACGCGACUGUAUGCGCGAAUGUAAUGACGAAAAUUACGACUACUACGAGGUGGCUUGCGAUAUGGGGCAGCAAGAUGACCCACGUGGGCGUGGAUCUAUCCUAGUGGCCAACGAAAGGAGUCUUUUAAAUGAACACCGCCACCUGCAGCAUGUCCACAUUGCCACUUGGGACGAGUGCCGUGAGGCAUGCGAACGAGUAAUUAACCAUAUCUUUUUAAAAUUGACUACUUUUUCGGCGGUUUUUGGCUGCCGCACCUUCGCCUUCUCGGCGGCCAUCUCUGAAUGUCAUCUAUCCGCCAUUCAAAUUGAAAAGGCCGACGAUCAGCGCCUCCAAAUCAACCGCGACUUUGAUGUUUUUGCGAGGAUGAAGUUGGAAACAGAGAGCCCACGCAUUCAAAUAUCAUUGGACGUGCUGAGCACGACUCCGCUGCCGAAGUUUAUCGAACAACCCGCGCCGGCAAGCCAUCUGCAAAAGAUUUUCGACACUGGCAAGGCGAUUGAGUCAAGUAGUUCGAACGAGUCCCCGGCAACUCUCGACGGUGGAUUGCAAGAAGAUAUCUUUGCUUUCCCCACGACAACCACUGACAUUUUCGCCUCCAGCACGUUUUCGAAGGCUACAGAUCCCGAUUUCCCAACACUUGGUACAGAAGCCACCGCCGAGACGACACCGACAAGUCGCGAUCCGGUGACAGCCCCUGAUGCCCCUCCACGUCUCCUAACCCCGGAACCCGAAGCGGAAACAAGCAUCCAAGAGCAUCGCCCUCGCAUCUUCCAGGGGCACAACUUUUUGCAAGAAAAGGCGCGCAUACACCGGCCAAGUAUUCUGGACGUUGAAGCGAAUACCGUGAUGCUGCCUAAUGAAAAGCUUAGCGAAAAUCAGGUGACCACGAAUUUCCAGCUUGAGGUCGAUCCGAAUUCUUCCGACUUUCAACAGCCAGACGAGAAGCCACCACCAAGAAGAAAACCUAGCGCCCUGCCCAGCGAAACUCCUGACCCUGAGGAGCUUGAAUUGGAGGAGAAUGGCAUGCCACGGGUUAUUCCGCUCACCGAAAACGUCGGCCACGUCUCGCCGUCGGCCGUCGCAACCCGCGCCGAGUGCUACGAGAACGGGGUGAACGUCACGUUUCAAGUCAACGGAAAAGGGCAGGAUUACACGGGUGCUGUUUACGCCGCCGAGCGCUUCUCGCAAUGCAGAGUGUUCGUCAAGAAGGCGCGCUCAUACUCGAUCUUCAUCCCUCGGCCGGCCCAUAAUACGUGGUGUAAUGCGUUAGAAGUGGAUGGGGUCCUUUCCGUGGUAAUUGUAAUGUCAAACGAUCGCGUUCUUCCACACGACGUCACCACAAAAGACGAUCUAUUUUAUCAGAUCACUUGCAACUAUUCGCUGACAAAGGUGAAUCGCGUGGAAUCGGGUCUCGUCGUUGGGGGCCCGUCACCAAUCUCCAUUCGCUCCCGCCACUCGCGUUCAUUCGCCCUGCGCAUUAUGCAGGGAGACGCGCCGGUGGAUAGUGUCUUCAUCGGGGAGAAGCUCGUCGCCCGCGUCCAGAGCGAUAUUCCGCCCGAUCGACUACGCGUGAAUGAAUGUACGGCGACGAGGGUGGGCGGGCAGCUAAAUCCGGCGACAGUGCAGUUGAUUGCUGAUGGAUGCGCACUUAUGCCGUCCAUAAUGGGCCCGAUGCGUCUGGGGAACCAUGGAUGGGAAGCGCCGCUGAACGCGUUCCGCAUCGACGGCUCCGAGCAGAUCGAUAUCGUCUGCCUGGUCGUCGUCUGUCAACACGAUCGCUGUCCGGAAGCUAAUCUGACAUGCGGUGCGGCACCGUCAAGGAAUUCACGCUCUCUCAUCACAUCGAAUGCUGGGGAGCCGAUUCGUGUAGAUAGUCGCCUAAAAGUAUAUGGAAGCGAGCGAGAAGCAUUGCGAGAGGACGGCCCUGAAUUUUUCCCAGAACUCUGCAUACAACCAACUGUCUACCUCCCUUCAAUGCUUCUCUGCCUCUUUUGCGUCAUAUCACUAAUCUUCUCGCUUACAUUAACCAACAGGCACAAAGCCACCCUGCUCCGGGGGUUCGGCGACAGCGAGAGG